AGCGGGGGUCACGCGCGGGGCGAACUCGAACCCUAGAGCAUACCUAUCGAUCCGCCGCCGCUUCCCGCGGCUAUCCGGGGAAUCGCGCCCAUCCUCGACGUCCUCAUCCUCCUCCUCCCCCUCCUCCUCCUCAUCAUCGUCGUCGUCGUCGUCGUCGUCGUCGUCGUCGUCGUCGUCAUCAUACCACGGUAAUAUUACUGGAGAGAGAGAGAGAGAGAGAGGGAUGGAGAGGGGUGGUGGGAACAUUGGAGCUAAGAAGAGAGGAGGAGUUGGGGAGAAAAAGGAGUUGUUCCACGUGGUUCAUAAGAUCCCUGUAGGGGAUAGCCCCUAUGUUCGAGCUAAGCAUCUACAGCUAGUGGAGAAAGACCCGGAGGCCGCAAUCGUGUGGUUUUGGAAGGCGAUCAAUGCAGGGGAUAGAGUAGACAGUGCACUUAAGGACAUGGCUGUCGUAAUGAAGCAGCAGGAUCGCGCAGAAGAAGCGAUCGAAGCCAUCGUGUCCUUUAGACACCUCUGCUCCAAGAAUGCACAAGAAUCCCUCGACAACCUCCUCAUCGACCUUUAUAAGAAAUGUGGGAGGAUUGAGGAGCAAAUCGAGCUCUUGAAGCACAAGCUGAAGAUGAUAUACCUUGGGGAGGCCUUCAAUGGAAAGGCUACAAAAACAGCACGGUCUCACGGCAAGAAGUUCCAGGUCUCCGUCAAGCAAGAGACCUCUCGCGUUCUGGGCAAUUUGGGCUGGGCUUACAUGCAACAAAACAACUAUGUUGCGGCAGAAAUCGUAUACCGAAAGGCCCAAACUAUCGAGCCGGACGCCAACAAGGCCUGCAAUCUUGGGCUCUGCCUCAUGAAGCAGGGCCGGCCCGACGAGGCCCGCCAGAUGCUCCGCGACGUCGCGCUCCGCAAAUUCUCGGGAUCGGACGACUACAAGGCAGUGAGCCGGGCAGAGGAGCUGCUGCAGGAGAUUGAGCUACGGCCGGGCGGUUCGCCGGUAGAACUGGAGUUCAGCAUUGGAGAAGAGAUAAUGGGGAGAUUGGAUGUUCUGAUCAAUGAGUGGACACCUUUCCAGUCUAAGAGGCUGCCUAUAUUUGAGGAGAUUUCUUCCUUCAGAGAUCAGAUUGCUUGUUGAUUUCUCUUCUUUCUUCCUUUCUUUCUUUCUUUCUUUCUUUCUUUCUUUUCCUUUGGUUGUAUUGAUAGGUUUAUACAUAGUUGGAGUGAAAUAAGAUUGGCUUUGCCUUUGGAUUCAGGAUGAUGUAAGACUUGUAUCCUUUUGUAAAUUGAGAACAUCAUCUUCUUGUGAUUUAUAUAAUUUCAUUGAUUCUGGAGAUGAUUUUUCCUCUAA